GUGGUGGUGUGUGUUGUGGUGAGGACAGUGGGCGUCGUCUGUGGUGUUCAGAGUGUCUACUGAGGGCAUAACUACAUCGGGUUUAACAAGUUACAGAUUAUGAGGCUACAAGAGGUAAUGUGUGGUGCGUGGUUUCCCUGCUGCGUACUGCUGCUGCCUCUCCUCUUCUUCACGGCCCUGGGGAGUGCACCAGGGGUAAUGAGAAGUUGCUGCCACGGCGAUUCUAUUGUUGAGCACGGGCAGGUGGUGCUGAGUCUCCCCACUUGCUGCCUCACCCUCGUCUGUGUGCAUGGUGUUAUUCUGCCAAACUAUCACCCUCGACCCGAAGCCAUGCACUGUUGUGAGUUCGACGGACUGAUGUAUCCUGACGGCGCCCAGCUGACGGCUCAGUGUUUCCUCUUGACGUGUAGGCGAGGAGUCUGGUCCCCCACACACCGCAUAGAGGACUGCUGUAAACAUUGCUACCUGUACAACGACCCGCACAUACGAACCUUCGACGACUAUCGCUACGACUGGCACGGCACCUGUAACUACUCGGUGGCCCAGAGUGACUUCACCUAUAAACCUGACGUGGGUAUAUUCAGUGAUUUUGAAAGUUGUAAUGGGCGCGCCUCUUGCCUGGCUCACACCACCUUCAAGGACAACCCCCAUACGGCCAUCACCAUCUGGAGCGAAGACGUGUUUAAUCUUGUUGUGAACGGUGACACUUACGUGGUACCUGUGGCGGGGGCUCAUGCAGUCCAGUCUGACGGCGUCAACCACCCGGUGCUGGCGUGGCGGGACGGCGGCUGUGUGUACCUUUUGGGGUCGUCCAAGCUGGUGGUGCAACACUGUCGGCACCGGCUGGACGUGUGGGCGUAUCCGAGUCUCGUCAACCAGCUGGACGGUCUCUGUGGCCACUACAACUUCUACCAAGACGACGACUUCACCAGCAGAACCAUGGAGGUCCACCCUCUGCAGUACUGGCCUUCGGCGUUCCCCGAGUCUUGGCGGACGAACGAGCAGAUGGACCCAAGGUGUGAGGGUCCCUGUCUUGGUUGUUGGCGAGAUAGAGCGGAGGAUCCUUGCAAAGCGGAGGAGAACCAAAGGAAGGAGUACACUGCCACCUGUCGCCGGCUGCUGUACCCCAUCAUCGCCACAGACACUGACCUCGUCUCUCACGUCGAGGCGUGCGCAUUAGACUUGUGUGUGAUGCGUCAAAACGGCGCGACCCAGGCGGAGGUAGACUACUGGAGCUGGCAGAUGCAGGUCAUCGUCCAGCAAACAAAGAUCAUCAUCGCCAAGACACUGACCGGCUGGGUACCGAACGCCUCCCCUGUGCCUACCAUGGGCAUGUGUGUACCUGGCUCCCGCUGGAUGGACGAGUGUAAUUGGUGCUCCUGUAUCGACAAGGGCGUGGGCGCCUGCACUAGGAGGGGCUGUAAUCCAGAGUACGAGCACGAGCUGGGGGAGAAGUUCUGUGAAAACGGAUCUAUUUGGAGGAGGGACUCGUGUAACUGGUGUGAGUGCGUUGGUGAUGGCGCCAUCUGCACCCAUCACAACUGCGAGGAUCAUUGCAACUACAUUUCUACCAGUGGGAAACCUCCGUGCCCCAUGGAUUGUGGUAUUCACUAUGUUAACGACCAAGAGACGGGAUGUGAAGUGUGCGAAUGUGAUCCUGGGAAUCCUGGACAUCCUUUUGACAAGAUCACUGCCUGCCCACCACCGAGCGCAUCCUGCCCCACCGCGUGCUUAGUUAAAAAUCCAAACACCGGGUGUGUGGAGUGUAACUGUUACCCGUGAACAUAAACUCUCUGAUCCAUCUUUAGUAACCUUUACCAUAAUUUAUCCUGAAAAUCUGGACUCACUAGUGUAGGUGUUUGGUUCAUUCUAUCUUCCACACCAUCAAACCAAAUGAUAUUCUUAAUGUUUGUCCUCGUACUAAAAGCAAUGUUUUAAUAAAUAGUG